UUCGACCUCUCCUUAAAAAUUCGGUUCUUAUGCUCAGUAGCCAUCUGCAUUCUGCACCAAACAAAGCAAAGAAAACUUGAUUCUUACAACAAUGUCUAUCUUUGCAAAUUUAUGCAAUCCCACCUAUCACCUCAAUAUUGCUCACUGUUUUCUCCUUUUGCUUUUGGCCUCUUCAUAUCUACACACUACUAAAGUCUGUCUUGGUGAUGCACUCCCAACUGCCAAAUGCAUCGACCAAGAGAGACGUGCGCUUCUCGCCUUCAAAGAAGAUCUCACCGAUCCUUCCGGCAGGCUUUCUUCUUGGGUCGGUCGCGAUUGCUGCCAAUGGAAAGGAAUUUCAUGUAACAACAACACGGGUCAUGUUGAAAAGAUGAGUCUCCAGAAUCCAUACAUAUAUAAGCUAUUGGUCUUUGAUGCAGAGCGAGAUGAGAUGGAGUACUCGUCGUUGGGUGGUAAGAUAAAUCCUUCUUUGCUUAGCUUGAAGCAUUUGAAUUACUUAGAUCUAAGCCGCAAUGAUUUUCGAGGGAUUCACAUUCCCGAAUUCUUUGGCCAGCUAAAAAAUUUGGGGUAUCUCAAUCUCUCCUCAGCUUCAUUUGGAGGAGAUAUUCCACCUCAUCUUGGUAACUUGUCACAUUUGAACCAUCUUGAUCUCAGUGAAGAGUCUGACUACUCCUUACUUGAAAUACCUUCCGAAAACUUGAAUUGGCUUUCUCGUCUCUCUUCCCUAAAAUACCUCAAUCUUGAAGGGUUGGACCUCAGCAACACAAGUUGGCUACAUAAUGUUAACAUGCUUCCCUCCCUACUUGAAUUACACUUGCCAUCAUGCCAAAUCGAAAACCUUCCACUCUCACUCAAGAACAUUAGCCUCAAAUCACUUUUGGUCCUUGACAUGUCGUAUAACGAUUUGAAGUUUCCAUUUCCUGAUUGGUUUUUCAGUCUUGGUAACCUCACUAAACUGGAUUUAAGUGGGAACUUGCUGAUUGGACCCUUUCCCAUUGAACUUGAGAGCCUCAAAUCACUUGAACACCUUCAUUUAUCUUUCAAUGGACUUGAAGGUCGAAUUCCCAUGCUUGAAAAUUUUUGCAGUCUAAAGACCUUAAAUCUUGCCAGCAACAAAUUUGAUGGGGGGAUUCAAGAGCUGUUCGACGGUUUAUCAAGUUGUCCCAAUAGUAAACUCGAGUCACUAGAUUUGUCUUCUAAUAUGCUACAAAGCAAUUUGCCGGCGUCCUUGGGGAUGCUACGCAAUUUGAAGUAUCUCAGCCUCUACAACAAUCUUAUGAAUGGGUCCAUUCCUGAAAGUUUAGGACAACUCCCUAAGCUAGUUCACCUCGAUCUGUCGUUCAACCCGUGGGUAAGCAUUUUGACUGAAUCCCAUUUCAUGAACCUCACAAGAUUGAAAUACUUUGCAUUAGGCAGAGUGGAUCCAUACCCAACUCUACCUAUUCACCUCAGUUUCAAUGUGUCUUAUAAUUGGGUACCUCCUUUCAUGCUUCACACAAUCAACAUUGCGAACUGUAAAGUAGGUCCUGCCUUUGGGGUAUGGCUUCAAUCUCAAACUGAACUAGUCUUUGUCAAACUUCGGGGUACUGGGAUUUCCGAUUCUAUACCAAAGCACUGGUUCUUGAAAUUAUCUUCCAACGUCGAAUAUUUGGAUUUAUCUUACAACCAAAUCACUGGAAACCUUCCAUUGGAAUUGAAUUUUCGGAAUACUCUAAUUUUGGAUGUGAGUAACAAUCGAAUUGAGGGGCCAUUCCCACUUUGGUCUGGUAACCACGUGAUCCGCCUUGAGCUUGAAAUGAAUUCAAUUUUCGGGCACAUUCCUUUGAAUUUGGACGAAAGGUUUCCAAAACUGGUGGCAUUGUAUCUCGCGGAGAAUCGUUUGAGUGGUACUAUUCCAAGCUCCAUUUGCAACAUGCAAAACUUGCUAGUCCUUUCGCUGAGAAACAAUGAGUUAUCAGGAGAAUUUCCUCAAACAUGGAGUCAGUUGCAUGAGAUCUUGGUCAUAGAUGCUGCACACAACAAUCUCUCAGGCAAACUUCCUAGUUCGAUUGGUGUCUCGGGCGCUCUUUUCGGGUUGAAGCUGAACAACAACAACUUCGAUGGUGAAAUUCCUCUUUCCUUGCAAAAUUGCACUUCUUUGAGGCAUAUUGAUCUCGGAGAUAACAAAUUCACUGGAAAAAUACCUUCAUGGAUAGGAUCAAAGGUGCCACUGGUAUCGAUCUUACGACUGCGGUCCAAUUUUUUCAGUGGAGAAGUCCCCCAACAGUUGUGCAAUCUUGGCUACCUUCAUAUCCUAGACCUUGCACACAACAACUUUUCAGGGACUAUUCCUAAGUGCUUGAAUAAACUGAGUGCUCUGACGCAUGGAAAUUUCAGUGCUUAUGACUUAUAUGCUUUUUAUGACCAAGAAACAUCAGUGGUGAAAGUAAGACAACUUGACUAUCAGCCGCAGACUAUAAUGUUCGUAAGAAGCAUUGAUCUUUCAUCGAAUAACCUCGAAGGUGAAAUCCCUGAAGAAAUAUCCAGCCUCGCUCUACUGCAUAACUUGAACUUGUCGAUGAACCAAUUGAGAGGAAGCAUUCCAUCAAAGAUUGGGAACUUGCUGUUGCUCGAAGCUCUUGAUCUUUCGAUCAACAACCUUUCAGGAGAGAUUCCUCAAAGUAUUUCACUUCCGACGUUCUUGUCUCACUUGAACUUGUCUUAUAACAACUUGACCGGUAGAAUUCCUUUGGGCAGCCAGCUUCAGACACUCACGGAUCCAUCCAUUUACGAGGGUAACCCGUCACUGUGUGGGGUUCCCCUUUCAACCAAGUGUCCUGGAGAUGAUCACACUCCUACAAAAGACAAUGAUCAUGAAGAUGGAAAUGAUAAGUUUUGGUUCUACAUUAGCAUAGCACUCGGAUUUAUCGUAGGUUUUUGGGGUGUCUGUGGCACAUUAGUCGUCAAGAAGACAUGGAGGUAUGCUUAUUUUGGAUGGUUCGAUGCCAUUAAAGAUAAGGUACUGCUAGCAAUUGCAGUGCAAAUGGCUCGUUUUCAAAGGAAGGUUUGAUUAGAAUAGAAAUAUGAAUGUCGUUCUUGAAUUCGGAAAAUUUUAAAUAACUAUAAAAUACAUGUACUGUGUGAUUUUUAUUUUUUGUUCUUCCUUUUGUUGGAAUUUACGAAUGUAAUUGCACUGGAUGUUUGAUGAAUAAGUUUGGAAUAUCACUAGUAUUAAAAAAACAUAUGAUCCUGAAUUGCAUUGCCAA